AGCGGCGCUGGGCUUCUCCGGAGGGUCAGCCGCAGGGACCUACAGCAGCAGAGAGAGAAAGGGAAGGAGGGCAGGAGAGAGAGAGGGAAGGAAGGUCACCACAGGGCAGCACCUACCUGACAGUUUCAGCCUCUGCUCUCAGCAAGAGUCAUCAAUAUUCACUCCCUGUCACCUUGAAAAAAAGAAAAAAAAAAAAAAGAAAAAAGGCACUGUGACCUACAACCCAUCAGCAAGUAAACUAAGCUUAAAAAAAAAAUAAUAUUUGAACGUAGUAUAAGCCACAGCAGCUGAAGCUGAUCCCCAGGUAGUAUGAAUAGCAUGAACCAGAUAGACACAAACAUGCAGUACACCUACAACUAUGAAGAAGAUGAGUACAUGACCCAAGAAGAAGAAUGGGACAGGGACCUGCUCCUGGACCCAGCAUGGGAGAAACAGCAAAGGAAGACGUUUACAGCCUGGUGCAAUUCCCACCUCAGGAAAGCAGGCACGCAGAUUGAGAACAUUGAGGAGGACUUCAGAAAUGGCCUCAAACUGAUGCUUCUCUUGGAAGUUAUCUCAGGGGAAAGACUACCGAAACCAGACAGAGGAAAGAUGCGCUUCCAUAAAAUUGCUAAUGUCAACAAAGCUCUGGAUUAUAUCGCCAGCAAAGGAGUGAAACUUGUGUCAAUUGGUGCAGAAGAAAUUGUUGACGGCAAUGUGAAAAUGACGCUGGGUAUGAUCUGGACUAUCAUCCUUCGCUUUGCUAUUCAGGACAUUUCAGUGGAAGAGACCUCUGCCAAAGAAGGGCUGCUGCUGUGGUGUCAAAGAAAAACUGCUCCUUACAGAAAUGUGAACAUUCAGAACUUUCAUCUUAGCUGGAAAGAUGGCCUUGGAUUAUGUGCACUUAUCCACAGACACCGACCUGAUCUUAUUGACUACUCCAAGCUAAAUAAGGAUGACCCCAUAGGAAAUAUCAACCUUGCCAUGGAAAUUGCUGAAAAGCAUUUGGAUAUCCCUAAGAUGUUGGACGCAGAAGAUAUUGUGAACACUCCCAAACCCGAUGAGAGAGCUAUCAUGACAUAUGUGUCCUGCUUCUACCAUGCUUUUGCUGGAGCAGAGCAGGCGGAGACUGCAGCUAACCGUAUCUGUAAGGUGCUUGCUGUGAAUCAGGAAAAUGAGAGGUUGAUGGAAGAGUAUGAGCGACUAGCAAGUGAGCUUUUAGAGUGGAUUCGCCGGACAAUUCCUUGGCUGGAAAACAGGACCCCAGAAAAAACAAUGCAGGCUAUGCAGAAGAAAUUAGAGGAUUUCCGGGACUACCGCCGUAAACACAAACCUCCUAAAGUCCAAGAGAAAUGUCAACUGGAGAUCAACUUCAACACCCUGCAGACAAAACUGAGAAUCAGCAAUCGGCCAGCUUUCAUGCCAUCAGAGGGGAAAAUGGUUUCAGAUAUUGCCGGCGCUUGGCAGAGACUUGAACAAGCUGAGAAAGGUUAUGAAGAGUGGCUGCUGAAUGAAAUACGAAGACUGGAAAGACUUGAACACUUGGCUGAGAAAUUUAGGCAAAAGGCUUCCACUCAUGAACAGUGGGCAUAUGGCAAAGAGCAGACCUUACUUCAGAAGGAUUAUGAAUCUGCUUCUCUGACAGAAGUCCGCGCCAUGUUAAGGAAACAUGAAGCUUUUGAGAGCGAUUUGGCUGCUCACCAGGACAGGGUGGAACAGAUAGCUGCCAUUGCCCAGGAGCUGAAUGAACUGGACUACCAUGAUGCUGCAAGUGUCAAUGAUAGAUGCCAAAAGAUAUGUGACCAAUGGGACAGCCUGGGAACACUUACUCAGAAAAGGAGAGAAGCACUGGAGAGGACGGAGAAAUUGCUCGAAACAAUCGAUCAGCUUCACCUGGAGUUUGCCAAAAGAGCUGCUCCUUUCAACAACUGGAUGGAAGGUGCUAUGGAAGACCUACAGGACAUGUUUAUUGUUCAUAGUAUAGAGGAAAUUCAGAGUUUAAUCUCUGCACAUGAUCAAUUUAAAGCUACUUUGCCAGAGGCAGAUGGUGAAAGACAGGCCAUACUGUCAAUCCAGAACGAAGUUGAAAAAGUUAUUCAGAGUUACAGCAUGAGAAUAAGCGCAAGCAAUCCUUACAGCACCGUUACUGUGGAUGAGAUUCGUAGCAAGUGGGAAAAGGUGAAGCAGCUGGUGCCUCAGAGGGAUCAAUCCUUGCAGGAAGAACUAGCCCGCCAGCAUGCCAACGAGCGCCUGCGUCGCCAGUUUGCUGCUCAGGCCAAUGUCAUAGGGCCGUGGAUCCAGACCAAGAUGGAGGAAAUUGCCCGCAGCUCUAUUGAAAUGACAGGGCCUUUGGAGGACCAGAUGAAUCAGCUGAAGCAAUAUGAGCACAAUAUCAUUAACUAUAAACACAACAUUGACAAACUGGAAGGAGAUCAUCAGCUUAUACAAGAAGCCCUGGUGUUUGACAACAAGCACACCAACUAUACUAUGGAGCACAUCCGUGUUGGAUGGGAGCUCCUACUUACCACGAUUGCUCGAACUAUCAAUGAGGUUGAGACUCAGAUCCUCACAAGAGAUGCCAAGGGUAUCACCCAGGAACAAAUGAAUGACUUCAGAGCAUCAUUCAAUCAUUUUGACAGGAGGAAGAAUGGAUUGAUGGACCACGAUGAUUUCAGAGCUUGCUUAAUUUCAAUGGGUUAUGAUUUGGGUGAAGCUGAGUUUGCACGAAUCAUGUCUCUGGUUGACCCCAAUGGGCAAGGAACCGUCACUUUCCAGUCUUUCAUUGACUUCAUGACCAGAGAAACGGCAGACACAGACACGGCUGAGCAAGUGAUAGCUUCCUUCCGAAUCCUGGCUUCAGAUAAGCCUUAUAUCCUGGCAGAUGAGUUACGUCGAGAGCUGCCUCCUGAGCAGGCUCAGUACUGCAUCAAGAGAAUGCCUCCGUACACCGGCCCAGGUUCCGUGCCUGGGGCUCUGGAUUACACCUCUUUUUCAUCAGCACUGUAUGGAGAGAGCGACCUCUGAUUCUGUAAUUGGCCAUAUUCACGCUAGACACUAAAAAUACCCACCUUAUUGCCCAGAUUGCUUCUCAAAAGCUUUGACGAGCUGAUUUAAAACUGAGUUUUACAAAUACAGUAGGUACCGUCAGUGUAAAAUGCUACUAACUGAAGUAACUAGUGUAUAUUAAAGUGUGCAGCACGCUAGAUUUCUGCAUUGUUGGUUUUAGGUUGUCUGUCCUAUACAAUGCUAGAAAAUAUACUAAAAAAACCUGCAAGAUAUUAAAUUUGGAAAUAUCCAUUCAGAAAGGAGAAUGUAAAACUUAAGAAUAUUGAAACUCACAAAAUAUUUCUCCAUUUUCAAAAUGCUUUAAUGCCAUAUGUGCUUCUUUUACGAUGUUCAUAAAACUCUGUUAGAAGUCAUGCUUUUUUCUUUCAUAGAGCAAUAUCAUUUUCCUCUAGUGAUUUCUGAUUUUGUAUGCUUCUACUGGUGGAAUUUAAUAAAAUAUUAAAAUGCAGUUUUUCAGGGAAGAAAUAUAUCAACCAAAUAAGCCACUUAAUUGCGAAAAUAAUGUAGAAUGCUAUGUUUUUGUCUCCUAAAGAUGGUUUUCUUUUAUCACAAAGAAUUGUAAUAUAGGGGGGAAAAGCUGAAAAGCUGAUUAAAUUGCAGGUUUAGAGUUCUGUAAGCAGUACUUUUCUUUUAAGCCUUUAACUUUUACAGCUGAGGGAGUACAACUUUUAUAAUCAGAAAUAGUAAGCGAGCUAAUUUCAUGUGAGCUGUUUUGUUUUGAAACCCUCAUUCUUGUCUGUGUUGGGCAAUCUGUUUCUCAGUAGAAGCAAGCCAGUCGCUUGUUGUAUUAACGGGCAACAUUCAUCUCUAUCCUGCGCAAUGCAAAAUCCCAUCUGAGCAACCGUAGCGUGGUUGUCUUGCAGCUUUAACUGUUCAGUGCUCAAAUUAGAGUUUGUCUUGCCUUCUCCUGGAUCGCAGGCAGUUCUGUCUGUAUUAUGCUCCUGUGCGCUAGUUGUUGUACUGUUUUUUUUUUCCAUCUUGAGAAAUGAUAGAGAAGUAAAAGCAGUAACUUUUUUACUUGAAUCCUACCAACACUGAGGAAAUGCAAUGUAAUCAAACAAAACCAUUUACAAAUGGUGAAGUGAGCUGUGCAGCCCAGUGCUAUUAAAGCAAUUAUGUGCCUAUUAAAUAAAGUCUGCUUUUCAAAACCUUA